AUGGUGUACUUCUCUGGUGCCGAAGGUUCCCCGGCUUACAACAAGGCCCGAGAAUUCUCGCAGAAGAUCUCCACUGUGGGUGUGGAUGGCCGCAACAAGGAGUGGGGACGAGCCUCCCAGGACUUUGAGGCCGCAAAGGAGCUGCUGAAGGAGUGGAAGGAUCUCGUGAAGUUUUGA